AUGGGCGAACUCAAUUUUCGCGUCGCGCCCGAAGAGGACGCCUCCCAACUUCAGCGGUUGGUGGAAGCGGCGUUCCGCACCGAGGACAGCAGAAAAGGCUGGACAGAUGAUCUAGGUCUCUCGUUGAGCUUCCACCCUCGGGGUCCAAGAGAUUCUGGUCAUGAUCACCAAAUUAGACAGCGUCAUCCUGAUGGCAAUCAACGGUGA